GCCGAGCGCCGUUGAAGGCGAGGCGCCCUGCUGACGCCAUAGGCGCGCGCGGCUGUGACGCGACCUCGCGGAGCCGCCGGAAGCGCCGCCCGGAGCGGGGAGAGCUGGAAGCGGCGGCAGUAUACAUGAAGCUUAAGAUUUGAAUCUGCUAUGACUGACCCAGACGUCCUCACUGAGGUCCCGGCAGCUCUCAAACGCCUUGCCAAAUAUGUGGUGCGUGGCUUUUAUGGCAUUGAACAUGCUUUGGCUCUGGACAUUCUCAUCAGGAACCCCUGCGUGAAGGAAGAGGACAUGUUGGAGCUCCUUAAGUUUGAUAGGAAGCAGUUGCGAGCGGUGCUAAACACCCUCAAGGGUGACAAGUUCAUCAAAUGCAGGAUGAGGGUAGAGACGGCUCCAGAUGGCAAAACCACCCGUCAUAACUACUACUUCAUCAACUACCGCCUUCUGGUGAACGUGGUGAAGUACAAGCUGGACCACAUGAGGAGAAGAAUAGAGACGGAUGAAAGAGACUCCACCAAUCGCGCCUCUUUUAAAUGCCCCAUUUGCUUCAGCACUUUCACAGACUUGGAGGCCAACCAGCUGUUUGACCCCCGGACAGGAACUUUCCGCUGUACUUUCUGUGAGACUGAAGUGGAAGAAGAUGAGUCGGCCAUGCCCAAAAAGGAUGCAAGGACACUCGUGGCAAGAUUUAAUGAGCAGAUUGAGCCCAUCUACGCGCUGCUCCGUGAGACGGAAGAUGUUAACUUGGCCUAUGAAAUCCUCGAGCCAGAACCCACUGAGAUUCCUGCCCUCAAGCAGAGCAAGGAACGUGCAGCUGGUGCUGGUUCAGGGACAGCAGCUGGCAUUGCAGGUGGACACCAUCGGGAAGCAUGGACUACAAAAGGACCAUCAUAUGAGGACUUGUAUACCCAGAACGUUGUCAUCAGCAUGGAGGACCAGGAGGAUCUUAACCGGUCUGCAAGCGAAGGAAAGCCAGCCAGAGAGAGGCCCAUUUGGCUACGGGAGAGCACAGUGCAGGGGGCUUAUGACCCUGAUGAGAUCAAAGAUGGAGGCCGGGAUCUGGAUGCCUUCCAGGAGCGUGAGGAGGGCCGGGCAGCUCUGGAUGAUAAUGAGGAAGUGAUGCGUGCCCUGCUGAUCCACGAGAAGAAGACACCUUCUGCUUCAACAGUCACUGUUGGAGGUGCUGCUCCUCUCUCCGGUGUCAACGCUAGUGACUCUGAGAGCGAGACAAGCGAGUCGGAGGAGGAAUCCCCUCCCCGCGCUCCCGCCACGGCCACCACAACAUACGGGCUAGAGGAAGAGGAGGAGGAUGAAGAGUUUGAGGUGGUGGCAGAGGACCCCACCGUCACAGUGGCCGGGCGUCCACACUCGUACAGCCAAGUGAGCCAGCGACCAGAGCUGGUGGCCCAGAUGACGCCGGAAGAAAAAGAAGUUUACAUAGCCAUGGGGCGACGCAUGUUUGAGGAUAUGUUUGAUUAACUGCUUCCUGCCAUGGCAUUUUUUAAAAAGUGACUUUUUUUAGCCAGAGACUCCCUAGUAAAACAGAAGACUGAAGUGUAUCUUUCCUCCCCUGUGAACAGGGAUGCUGGGGCUUGAGACUAUGAAUUUCAGGCAUCUUGCCCACCAGAGAGGGGGAGCAGGAAGGCUGCAUGUGCCAAAACAGGUAGAGAAGGAUAAGUCUCAGAAGUGAGGAUGCUUGCAAGGUAAAAAUCUGCUUUAGCGUGCCCUGCACAGGCACUGCUUUAACGUUCUCCAGGGCCCCAGCAGCUGCCUCCCCCCUAAAAAUGCUUUGAGUUGAUUUUUGUUGCAGGUCCUCGUGAAGUCCACAUCCCUGCCCUCAGAGGAGGACAUAGGUGCUCCAUAGUCUGAUCAGAGUGCUCUGCAGAGGAGGGUGUAAGUAACAUCACAGCUACCUGUGCCCUGUGAGGGGAGAGGAGAAGGAAGCACUCAUGGGCUGAUGGCAAGCUUGGGCAGGGAUUGUAGCUGACCUCCUGCCAGCAGCCACUGGAGUGCUAUUUCUAAGCAGCAACCUUUUCUGGCUCCCAUUCCUUCUUUACUAGGUCUCAGUACCUCAAGGUCAGGUGUAACUUGAAGCGUGCAUAGUGAAAGCCUUGGCAAGCACACGCAGUUGCUCGGUGUCAGUGUAAUGAAAGCCCUCCAUGGAUCUGAGCUGUCAGAGUGCUCUGGCUUAUCAGGAGAUACCUUCAUUUUCCAGUAUUGCUGCCUGUGGCUUCUGCCUGGCCCUGUCCAAACUCCAGUGUUGCAGACGGUUCGUAGCGGGCAGGGUCACAGUCAGGCAGUGUCAGAGAAAUAGCAUAGCUAGUUUUCAUUUGCAGUCACAGUGGGGCUGUAUCGUUUUAAUAGGAAUUAUGCAAUUUUGAAUUCUGCUUUGGCACACUCUUUUACCAUAGAAGAACAUUUAUCAGUGCCUACAGAGCAAUAUUGUAUUUUUAAUGUUUUUCUCUUUCAAUUGAAAAUGUUGGGUUUUUAAAAUUCUUGUGUUUUCCUAUCCAGUGCAACAAUAAAAUAAAAUUAUAAAAGAAUUUUGUGUUCCAGAGGGUAGGGGCAGUAUUACAUACUGUUCAAUUUACAUGGGCAGCAUGAAUUUGCUGUUCAUUGAGACUGUAAAUCUGUUUUAUACUAACUAUGCUUCCUAUGUUCUGCUAACCUUGUAAUGCCUCCUUUGUGGUUUUACUUUCAGCCUCUUGAUAUUUUGGACCCCCUCUUUUUUUAAAUAGUGUUUAAAUUUGCUUUUAAGUCAUUUUAAAGAGGAAUAAAUAAACAGAAUCUUC